AUGCCAUUAGUUGUUGCUAAAUACCCGGUUGGAAUAAAUUCUCGUGUAGAGGCCAUAACAUUGCAUUUAGAUAUUGGGUCAAAUGAUGUUCGUAUGAUAGGUAUGUAUGGUCCUGGUGGAGUGGGUAAAACAACCAUCGCAAAAGCUAUUUAUAACAGAAUUUUUGAUCAUUUUGAAGGAAGCAGCUUUCUAGAAAAUGUUAAAGACAAGUCAGGGGCAAUUAAUGGUAUAAUCCAACUACAAGAGGCACUUCUAUUUGAGAUCUUAGGGGAUGGACAACUGAAGGUGGGAAGUGAAUCGAAAGGAACCAGUGUGAUAAAGAACAGACUUCGCAAUAAAAGAAUUCUUGUAAUCCUUGAUGAUGUGGAUAAAUUGGACCAAAUAGAAAGAUUGAUUGGAGGAUGUGAUUGGUUUGCUUUGGGAAGUCGAAUUAUUAUAACAACAAGAAACAAACAUUUAUUACAUUCUUUAAGAAUAGGUCAUUCAACCUAUGAGGUUAAAGAGUUAGACGGUCAUGAAGCUCUUGAACUAUUUAGUAUGCAUGCCUUCCAAAGAAACAAACCUGAGGAAGAUUAUUUAGAACUUACUGAUCAAGUUAUAUGUUAUGCCAAGGGCCUUCCAUUAGCUCUAUCAAUAAUUGGUGCUGAUUUGUGUGGAAGAAAUGAAAUGCAAUGGAAAAGUGCAUUAGAUAAGUAUAAAAAAAUUCCUGACAAAGAUAUUCAAAAAAUACUCCAAAUAAGUUAUCAAGGAUUGGAUGAAACUGAACAAGAUAUUUUCCUUGAUAUUGCAUGUUUCUUCAAAGGGCAUUACAAGGAAUAUGUUGUAGAUAUACUAAAUGGUUGCAAUCUAUACCCAAUUAUUGGUAUUCAAAAACUUACUGAUAAGUGUCUCGUAACUGUUGAUCGAUCUAACAAAUUAUGGAUGCAUGACUUGCUGCAACAAAUGGGCAAAGAAAUUGUUAGACAAGAAUCACCACAAAUGCCUGGAAAACGUAGCAGACUAUGGUGUUAUGAGGAUGUUGUUGAAGUGCUAAUGGAAAAUACGGGAUCGGAAAACAUUCGAGGCAUGAUGAUAUGCUCACCUGAACCAGAAGAGAUGCAAUUAGAAGCUAAAUUUCUUGAGAAGAUGAAAAAUCUCAAAUUCCUUAUGGUUGAUAAUAUAGAUAUUUGUGGAGGUAUUGAAUAUCUUCCCAAUGGAUUAAGGUUGCUUGAUUGGCCUGGAUUUCCUCUAUCUUCUUUGCCAUCCAAUUUUCGUGCACAAAACCUCAUUGCACUUAACAUGCCGCAAAGUCAGGUUAUAUUGGACAAGCUUCUCGAGAAAAUACGAUUCAAGAGCUUGACAUAUAUGAAUUUUCACUCAUGUCAUUACAUUAGAAAAUUACCCGACCUCAACAAAACUACCCCAAACAUAAAGGAAUUGAAUCUCCGUGGAUGUAAAAAUUUAAUGGAGGUUCAUGAGUCCAUUGGACAACUUGAUAAGCUUGAAAAGUGGGACCUCACAGAUUGCAUUGAACUUCAAAUCCUUCCAAGUUGUCUCACGAUGAAAUCUCUUAAACAUUUAAGUCUUUAUCGAUGCACAAAGGUUGAGAAGUUCCCCAAUAUGCCACAAGAAAUGGAAGGUUUAAAGUAUUUAAAUCUAUGUGGGACAGCUAUUAAAGUGUUGCCUCCAUCAUUUGCAAAUCUCAUUGGGCUUCAUCAAUUAUUCCUAGGCUCUGAUUUCCAUUCGGGUCAUCUUCCAAGUAGCAUCUAUAAAUUGCAACAUCUUUGUGAAAUCUAUCUUUAUGUCAAAUUUCCAAAAGACGUGGAGAUUGGUAGACAAUUUGGAAGAAUUUUAGAGCUUCCACCAAAUAUGAGAUGUUUAGGUGUGAAAGAAGACAUAUUAAUGGAUUCACAACCAUCUAUCAGAUUACUGCAUCAGAUUGAUUUCCCAUGCUGGCUCUCCCCAUCUGAGUUCUCUGUAGCUGAAAAUUAUGAUGAAGAUGACACUAGAUGUGAAUAUGAAAUUGUAGUACCAAGAUAUGAGAUUCCAAAGUGGUUCAACCAUCAAAGUGUUGAAAGUUCCAUAUCAUUCUGGAUUGGUCCAGAAUUUCCAACAUUUGCUCUUUGUCUUGCUUUUUGUCUAGAUCAGCUAACUGAUAAAGACACAUACAGUUGUGUUUGUGUUUUCCACAUUUCCAUCAAUGGUCAUAAACGACUGCUCCUACAGAGACUAUUUCGAGAUUUUCAGUAUGAUCAUCUGUGGUUUUACGGUGCACCUCAUAGCCUAUUGCAGCAAAAAUUUGGAGACUUGAUUCAAAGUGAUCGGAAUCAUGUUGAGAUUUCAAGUAAAAUCUCUCAUUGGACUAGUAAAACUGGUGGAAAAAUUGCUCCUACCAUUGAAAGGUUGGGGGUCCAUGUGGAAUGCAUUUGUCGUCCUAAGAGUUCAGUUAUCAUUCCUAAAAAUGGUGAAAAUGUUGAUGAUGGCUUUGACAACACUGUACUCUCGCCUUCACUACCUCUAUUCCCUACUUCUAAUGAUUCAAAUAUACAUCAUGGGGGUUUCAACAAUGUAGAAGUUUUAAGGCUUUCAACAGACACAUCAAAUAAUGGUUUUGACUCAAGUUUGAUAGGCAUUCAUAAUGAUGGGAGCGAUUUGUGUGUGUCAUCAGUUGCCUCUCCCUUUUCAAGAAUUGGAUAUAAUGACUUGAAGGUAGUGGAUGGUGAUGGGUUUGAUUUGGGUUCUCCUUCAGUGGUCCAUCCUUCUGUAAACAGUGACUCUGGCUUCAAUCCAUAUCCACCAUCAAAAAAAUCAAGAACCCUUUAA